GUGGGUUAAGUGUGGGUCCAGCAGGUGGCAGCAGCGGCACCACCAACACCCACUGUCAGCUGGUGCUACGACUCUGACGCAUUUUGUACGUUAUUAAACAUUUACGCAUCAUGUCAUCUAGUGAUGAAAUUGAAGUCAAAGCUGGACAUCCUCCUGCAAUGAAGGUUGGAGGAGUACGCAUUCCUCACCGCAGGAGGAGUGCAGAAGAUAAAGAAGGAACCCCACCUAAACCAAGAAAGGAUAGUGAAAACGAGGAUGAUGAUGAAGAGCAAGUUAUUGCAAAAAGUCCUCCAAGAGCUCCAGUAGUGGUGUCUGGUGUAGUUGGGAAAGUAGAGAGAGACUUCCCCACAGCAGCAGUCAAGCACACUCAUGAGAAACCAGUACCCACUCAUGAAGUACGUUCUUCCCAUAACAGCAAACCUCCCAUCAUCCAGCAGCCCAGGAAGUAGAUGAGAUAGUGUUCAUACACAUCCAUGUCAUUCAGGAUGUCAGCCUGUUUCUAGCUGCAUAUGACAAUGAAACUACAAGAGCCAUUAGCAUUGGGGAAUAGUCUAGUAGUUGGUGAAGACUGAAAUAUUUGAGUGAUGUUAGAAAAAUAGGCUGAUGCUGUAUUGAUGAAAUUGUUUGGCCAAAAAGAAUAUAAAAUUCUUGAAUGAUUUAGGUACUGGCAGUCAUUUUCUAUGAUAAAUAUUUUUUUUUAAACAAUAGUUUAACUGUUAUAACACACUUAGAUUCGCUCAAAUAUUCAGGGUAUGAUUGCCAGGUUGUUGUUGUUAGGAAUGGUGAUAUAAAAAUAGGUACUUUUUUAUUAUUUAAUAGAUGUAUUAUUCUCAGUGAGGAGGAUUGAUCAUGCCAAGAUGUUCUGAAGUGUUCACUGCCUAAGUACAUUUGGUGUGGGAAUGGGCACAUUUAUACUUGGUUAGGUUAUUGUACUUAAUAUUACAGUAAAUGAUGUGACUUUCAAGAAGUACAAAUACACUGGGUGCAUGAUAACUAAAAGGAUCAACAAAGCAGUUGUUCACCUAUCGCUAAUAAUUUAAGAUUUUAUUAGUUUUAAAGGAAAUUUUGGACUUAUUGGUGCACACUCAAGUAUGGUGCAAAAAUGUUAGCAAUAAUGAAUUCAAACUCUAUCCUCAGUGGAAUAUUAUGGAUAAAUUUAUUAUGUUUGGAUGACAAAGUAUUGUUUAUUGCAGUACAGUAUAUAGUAAUUUGAUUAGAUACCUGUAUAUACAAAUGUAUUUGUUAAAAUGAGGUCAGCAUUAUCAUCUGUUAAUGACACUUAUAAAUAACAUACAGUAUUAAAGUGGCUGAGACAUUUUUCAUUUGCAUUACAUUUGAAGUAUGAUUCACUUUAUUAUAUGAAAGUCAAAAUGGAAAUAGCUUAAGAUUACUUAUUUUGUGUUACUUGAGUAGCAAGGCCAAAAUUAGUUAUUAAUU